GUGCUUAGUUGUUUUGAUGUUUCCAAGUACUUACUGCUAGUGGGAUCUACAUAUCACAACUGUAAUUUCUCAGUACAACUAACUGUACGUACUAGAAUAUCUAAGCUCUCACGCGUCAUUUUUGUGAAAUGAUGUUCGCCCGGCCGGCAGUGCUGCGCGGCCCGGCUGCUGCAGUACUGAAGAGCACUAUCAGCAGCGCCCAACUACCGAUGAGGAACAAGAAUGUGGUUCCUAGCUUUGCACGAAGUAGCUUCGCCAGAACGUCACCAGUUCUCGCUCGCUGUCCACAGCUGGUCGGUUGGCAGAUGGAUAGGCAUAUAGCAACUCUUGUUAAGGCUGAAGCAACAGAUUCUUGUUUGUUACGUAGCUAGUCGCUAGUGAUGUAAAAGGAUAAGAUCUAGACCACUAAGAUCUGUCCUCAGAAGAAGACCACGAUCAAGUUUUCUCUCCGAGACUCGAACUCCUCUGUACUCGAAGAUGCGGUCAAGUUUUAUCCUCCUCGAGACUCUAAAUCUGUAGUUUCCUUUUCUAAGUACCUUACCCGUUUAGCUAAUCAAUUAAAGGUCAACCCUCAUUAUAAAAGUACAAAUCUAAACCCUAAAGAACCCUCGACAGCCAAACUCUAAGGAAAGGGUAGCAAGAGGGGGGCUACUGGCUGGAUCGAGCGCGCGGUUCAACAACCCAACGCCUGUUUUCUCAGUUCCACCUCUUCCGCCACUCGAAUUCGAGCGAGAUGGAUCGCCUAGAAGGUAUAAUCUGAUUGUAUCACCAGGUAUGAAGAUAUCACCAGGUAUGAAGAUCAUGAAAAAGAAUGCGAGAAAUUCUGAUUAUAUCACCAGGUAUGAAGAUGAAAAAGAAUGCGACAGAUAUUGAUAUGAGUUUUUUGCUACUUGUACUCGUACCACGAGUUGUCUCUAGUACUGUAGAUGAUGCACGGGCCGCGACACAUACCGGAAGCAAUCUUAUAAUGCAUUGUGAUUCCACCUAGUUCAAUACAGGUAUCCCCUGCAUCAGGCAGUGUACAAUCACGGAUACCACUGGGAACAUUGGGGGCUGAAAAAAAGUGGGUUCUACCACAGCGUAUAUUGGGGAGACUUAGCGGUAGACUACGACGCCUACCAGGCAUGGCUGCAGUCGCUACCCCUGUGGGUAGGAAUUCCAGGCAUUAUUUUGUGGGCAAUGAUCAUGAUCUCUAUGGGUCUUCACGGUUCAGCCAUCGGAAUCAAACCGAAACGGUACUUCUAUACGUUUUUUGUUGGGAAUACCUGGGUACAACUUCACAGAAGGCAAUGCAAAUACCUCUUGCUAGGCACAUUCAUUCACUCACUCACUCUCUCUCAUCUUUUCACUGCAGCAUAGGGCUCGUGUUCACGCCAGCUACUGAUUGCACAUCAUAGCACCUGUAGUUUCUUCCAGUAUUAUAGUUGCUAUUAACGUGAUCACGCAUGGAAGUUACGUCAGUCACGACCCACAAAGAAUUUGGCACCAACAACCAAUCUUUUUUUUGAAAAAUCCAUCUAGAUUCACCAUCGAUUGGGUUAUGGCUGCAAAAGAGCGUGAGCGAUGUGAGAAUGGUAACCCUAUCACACGCUAUCUCGAUCGCCGAAUUUCUGAGCGAGGAUGGCAUAUUGUUGUAGGUACGCAAGAAAUCUCAGAUGACAGUCCCUUCUACAUUCUUGUGUCUGCCCUUACACUUAACACGCAAGAAAUCUCAGAUGCCAGUCCCUACCUUGUGCUGUCUGCCCUUACACGACUUAGCUCUAAUAGACGUCGAUGUAGUCCUCUGUAUGUUGAUUCAGGGUUCUAGACAAUAAUCAACACGAGGCAAAUAAAGACCACAACUGCUUCUACAGUGAUUUCCCACGAUUCCUACAACUUCUCUUCAGGUGAUUACGUUCCUCACAAUUCCAAUUCAGGUGAUUACAUUCCUCAUCACAAGUACUUCUUGUGGAUGCAAGACGCUUAUGACCAUGAAUGGCGAGAGUCGAGAGGUCUGCCAGACCUCACAGAACCUGGCUCAAAGUGGAGUUGGGUCAACCCAUACCACAUUGGCGGAGGGGACGAUGAUGAGGAAGAGGAAGAGUAGAUGCUAGUACUUAGAGAGUGGUAUUCAAUUGUAGGUGGACUUUCUUCAUGGAAAAAAAUAGAAUGGGUGACGACACGGUUGUAAUGGGUUGCCAUGUGCCUGGGAGGGCAGCGUAGUACACAAGCACUGAUGUUCUUUAACGCCAGCUCGGUUAUAAGGAGGAGAAACAGAACUGUGGCGGCACUGUACUGCGUGUUUACAACUUGACUUCUUGUUCAACUCAGAAUGUCCUUAUUCCAAAAAGAAAAACCACUAUACGUAAAAUUGAUUAUGUCGCUGGGCUGCAAUAAAUGAAGAUACCAACUACGCUUUUGAUCUAUGAUGACAACUGGAGUAACAUUAGGACGCGC